AUGCACAAAGGAAACACCGUGUUCCUUGCCGCAGGAAAACCCGGCCCGAAUUUGCUUCCUCAUACAAACAGCAAAAACAUUCGGCGCCCCACAAAUCUCAUCUGCUCAAUCAUUUCUAAUUUUCACACAAAAAUAAGGAAACGAAAAUAAAAUUAAUUCAAAAAAAUAAUUCCCAAUUUCUUUAUACUCUCUCUCACACACAAACACACACAAAAAACGCAGAACUCUUCUUGAAGUUCACACACACAAUAUGUAUAUAUAUAUAUAUAUAUAUUGCUUUGAGGCUGAGAUAAAACGGCGUCGUUAGGGGACCGGCGAUGCAUUAAAUAAUUUGUUAGGCUCAAAAAACAGAAACCCUAACUCAGAGAAAUGUCUUAUUCACCUGACAAAAGCCCCGUAUUUGACCCGAGCAAGGCGGUGGUGAAGAACAAGCGGCGCGGCAGCUGGUCCGACCACUUCUCCGGCGACCGGGUCGAACCGAACGAGGCGUUGAAGCAUUUCAUGCUCAAAAUGCGCCUCCAGUCCAUUUCCAACUCCGGGUCAACAACUCCUCACUCCGGGUCCGAAGCCGAGUCCGAUUCCUUCAGCCCUAACCCGGUUCCCGACUCCCCCGAUUACUCCAGUUCGCUGUCCGACGAAUUGUUGCUCAGAGUUUUCAGUACUAUUCCGGAUGCGAAACAGCACAUUUCCAAUUCGUUGGUCUGCAAGAGGUGGUCUUUGCUCUGCGGGAAGCUGAUUCAAUCGAUUAGGUUAUUGGAAUGGGAGUUUCUCGAAUCGGGGAGGUUAAGUUUUCGAUUCCCUAAUUUAAUUGACAUCAAUAUCGUGCCGGCUAGUAUUAAUUUCGAGAGGAAUUCGUCGAUUUUGUUGAGUAAUAAGUUAUUCGAAGUUCACUUGAAUCCUGAUGUAUUGGAAAGUGAUGGAUUUUUCGUUAGGAAAGAUGAGAUAUUGGAUUCCAAAACAAUCGUUCGCGGGGUCCGUGUAUUAGCCGAGGGCUGCAGAAAUUUGAGAAAAAUAGCCUUAAUGAAUGUCAGCGAAGAAGGAUUAAGUUUCUUGGCCGAUGAGUGUGAGUUGCUGCAGGAAAUGGAGCUGCAUUACUGCGGUGAUAUGGCAUUGAGGGGCAUCUCCAAAUUCCGUAAUUUACAAAUCUUGAAAUUGAUCGGGAGAUUAAACGGGGUUUAUGAUUCGGUGGUUUCGGAUAUUGGAAUGACAAUGUUGGCACAAGGGUGCAGAAGAUUGGUAAAGCUCGAGUUAGUGGGGUGUGAAGGGAGCUAUGAUGGGAUUAAGGCGAUUGGAAUGUGUUGUCAGAUGUUGGAAGAGUUGACUAUUUGCAGUCAUCGGAUGGAAGUUGGUUGGCUAUCGGGUUUGUCUUAUUGUGGGAAUUUGAAGACUUUGAGGAUCGAAUCUUGCAAGUGUAUUGAUGAAAAUCCGGGACCGGAUGAGUAUUUAGGAUCGUGUACAAUGCUUGAAGAGCUGCAUUUGAGGCGGUGUCAAAUGCGGGGCAAAGAGGGUGUUAGGGCGUUGUUUUUAAUUUGCCGGAGUAUUAGGAAGCUUGUUGUUGAGGAUUGUUGGGGGUUGGAUAACAGUAUGUUUGCUGCUGCAACUGUUUUUAGGAGUAUAAGAUCUCUAUCGCUCGAAGGCUGCUCAUUACUGACAACAGACGGAUUAGAAUCAAUAGUUCUGUUUUGGAAAGAUCUCGAUAGGCUUAAAGUAAUCUCGUGUAACAACAUUAAAGACAGCGAAAUAACACCCGAAUUAUCGACUUUAUUUUCCGUUCUCAAAGAACUGAAGUGGCGGCCCGAUUCCAAGUCACUGCUAUCAGCUAGUCUUGAAGGUACAGGAAUCGGACAAAAAGGUGGUCGAUCUUUGAGGAGAAAGUAAGUGUAGGAUAUAUUAUGCUUUGUAUCUCUUUUAGUUUUUUUUUUUUCUUUUGAUAAUUGUAUCUCUCGUUUGUUAAGAGUGUAGUUUUUUUGUCCCGAAAAUAGAGUUCACUCUUUUAAUGUAGUUAAAGUAGUUCGUUUGGAUACACGAAAAGUUGAUAUAUUGCUCUCUCUUUUUUAGGUCUUUUUACUUGGAAUAGAACUGAUUUUACAUUACACCUCAUUACUUUGCAAUUGUAACAUAGUAAAGAUGAGUAUUCUCUCAGUUCCUUCGACUUCGACUGCUGAUGCUUAUUGUGAUUUUAGACGACACUUUAUCGUGCUAAUUGGUUGG